AUGUCUGGAUCCAAGCGCGAUUGGAAUGGAAAUGCAAAGCGGCGAGAUGGCCCGAAACCAGCCCCAAAACAGGUUGUGAGAAAUGCGUACACGCCCAUAUUUGAACAGCUGCGCAACGAGCUUGACGAGCAUCACGAUCGCAGAGAACGCAUCGUCAAGGCGUCGCGGGAUAUUACGGCCCUGAGUAAGAAGAUCAUCUUCUCAUUGCAACGCGUACGAAAAAUUGAGAGUCAGCUCCCGGCCAACAUCCAGGCGGAGGUCGACUCUCGACUGGCCGAGAUCUCGAAGCUGCUUGCUACUCUCGCACCCGAGAUACAGGGCAUCAACCGCUACCGCUAUUCGCGAAAUCUAAUGUGUCUCGAGGAGCUCGUCGAGGCUCUCACCUUUGGGCACUACCUGAAGACCCAGACCCUCAUCAGCCACGCAGAACUCUGUCCGAUCGUCGAGGACCUGAGCCGGAAAGGAGCAGUCCCCCAGGAGGACGAGGUCAUGGGUGAUGCCGGUGACACGGCGGAAAGCGUCGCGGAGGCAGCAGAGGCACCCACUACAGAGGAAGUACCCAUCAUUUCCCUCACCGACGAUGACUACCUCUAUGGCGUCUUUGAUCUCACGGGUGAGAUGAUGCGCUUCGCCACCACGUCCACCGCGCUCAGCGGUAGCAUGGCCAGCGGUCAGGGGGCCGGGAGCGAGGAUGAUGAGUCUCGCACUAUCGUCCAAGACAUGCACGAACUUGGAACCUUCUUUGAGAUGCUGCCUGUUGGACCUGAAGGCCGGUUCCAGUGGUACAAGAAGCUCCAGGUCACCCGCCAGUCGGUUCAGAAAGUUGAGAAGCUUGGCUAUGAUCGGAUCGUUCGUGGAACUGAGCGCCCGAACGGCUGGAUCCCCGACUUGAGCGCUGGGGAUCAGGGCCAGGGUGAUGAGUUGGAGUGA